ACCCCGCUUUUUGCCCCCGCUCUCGCUUCCAUUUCCCUUCCCGUUUUUUCUUUUCUUUCCCCUCUCCCUUUACUCCCCCUUACUUAGCCCCACUAUUAGCGUUGUUGGCGCUAAGUCACGGAAAGCUGUGCCAGGGCACAACGCCUCAGAUCGAUGUGCCCGGCACGGCACUAUGUAGUGCCCAGUCAAUCCACAUACAAUUAAAAUGAUUCCUCUAAGGGGAAAGACAUGAGAAACUAUCUACAGGUCCAAUUCACACCAAAUAUCACCCAUUUCCCAUCCCCUGUGGGUCCUUGCCCCACUGAAGUGCCAGAAUAUUGGCCAUUUUUUUGACAAUCAUAUUGUGCCACUAGCAGGUUGUGCCAUCACCUAAGGCUCUGUUUGGCGGGAACGGAACCGUUUGAGACUGUUCAAUUUACUCAUACAAAAUGACCGUUACGAAACGGAAGGGUAAGAAAAUUUGUAUGGGGAACGGAACGGAACGGACGUGAACGGUCGUAUCCAAACAGACCCUAAUCUCACUACACGCUGGCAUUUCGUAGUGCCGUGCCAGGCACAUUGGCACGGCACAAGGCACUUAUAGUGCUAACAACGCUCCCCACUAUGUUCUGUAUCAUACAAGGCUUGCCAUGAUGCUCGUCGGCUCGAGACCUCUGGGCGGCCUGAGAUUCGCAAACCAGGAAACCAAGCAACCAACCCAGCCAACCACCCAACCGAUAAAGGAGCCUACCAAAGGGACUAAGGAUCGACUUGUAGGUUGACUUUUUUCGUCCUUCCUUUUUUUUUUCCUUUUUUUUUGCCUUUUUUCAAUUUCUUUUUUCUUAACUCCUAAAUAGUGGGAAUGGCUCUCAGAGGUUGAGGCUCGCUUUGGUAGUCUUCUCAAGGUCUCUCUAGUUUUUCUUAGUCUAGUUUACAGCUUACUGAGUCUGGCGAUAGGACGUCUAUGAAUGUGAGGUUGGACUCAGAACAAACCUUGCAACCCUAAAGGCUGGAAUGCAACUAGUCAAGUGGGAGAUUUCGGCAUUCACAGCCGCUGCUAUUACUAUCUGCGGUGUAAGUCUUAGCUAAUUGAUUUUGAGUUCCACCCGUACUAAUAUAAUCUUAUAGGUGAUUCUCUAUUUCGUGGAUAAAUGGGACAAACAUUGGCCCGCGUCAGUUGUCGCGAUCCUUGUUGAAAAGAAUGUGAGAAGGACUCCUCAAAAUCUUAAUGGUGUCUUACUAAUAUAACCGAAAGCUUGUACCAGCUGCCCCGCGACUUCACACAACCACUGAGGCUUUGGCUCCAACCCCGCCCGCUAAGACCCCGGCAGACAAGUAAGGCCUGGCCCUCGUGGCCCAAGGCAAGAACAAAAUAUCAGGAUAGAUAUCCAGAUAGGGGGUGUUUUUAAGUUUUUUUCGCAUUUAGGAUGCUUUCUUUUUAUAGAAGAACUGGCAUUAGGCCAUGGGUUGGGAGGCGGGUUAAAAUAAAAUUAAAAAAAAAGGGGGGGGGGUUGGCGUCGGGUUU